UUCUGGGAGGCUGGCUGGGAGGUUGGCUGGGAGGGCCGUCCCAGCUUGUCGGCGCCUGCGGGCUGCUGCAGGCUCUUCCCGGGCGUGUAGUCCAGGUGGCCGGGCGUGUAGUCCAGGUGGCCGCGCGUGUAGUCCAGGUGGCCGCGCGUGAUGGCCCGCGGGGCUUUGAGCGGGCGGGGCCCUACACCAGCGAUAGCUUUAAGGGGAGGAGUACUCGUCAGGGACAACACUGUGCGGGUUAAUUUGGGAAGUGUUGGUUAAAGGUCCUGGCUUGAGACUCAUUUGUGUUGUUAAUUUGGAUGGGGGUAGAGAUGGAAGCUGCUCCAGUUAACACUGAGUUCUGUCUGGAGAGGUAAAGACACUUGAAUUGUAGGUACUGAUUUUGUUCCUCUGUGGGGACUUUAUUUUGGUCCCGUGUGCUUCCGUUUGAGCAGUCGGUGGUGGAAUUACUAAUUUUUAAGAGCAUCAGAGUUAUUUGAAAACGGUGGUGAAGGGAGCAGAAUGAGAGGAAAAGGGAGGAAUUCCUUUUUUACCUCGAGGAGUUUCAUUUCUAGAUCGUGGCAAAAGAGAAGCAGGAAAACAAAUCAAGGUGAACUGAAGAAAAUGAGUCUUUCCUCAGAGGAGAUAGAAGAUGGGGAAGGUGAGACUUCAGAAGAUAAGGACAAUGGCAGUAGAGAUGAGGUUGAUGUCCCUCAGAAAAAUGGUAGGAAGAUUACUACUGCUCCAGGAAAUAAAAUCGAGAAAAAAAAGUUUCUGGCUCCCAUGUUUGCUGAGAAAUUAAUAUCACCAUGCAGGAAGGGAGCCACAGGGGCCAAGUUGCCGAAAGACAGGAGGAGUGCCGUGCUCGAGAACCAUGAGAAGAGACAUGAGAACCCUGAGGAGGAUGAAGAGCCUAUGAAGAAAGCACCUGAUAAACAGAAGGAGGAAAUGACCAAACAGAAGGCGUCCCCUGAAACCAAAGAUCAGAAAUUAGAAGAUGGAAAUGCCAAAACACUUUUGAUCAAGAACUUGCCUGACAGAGUCACUCAGCAUGAAUUAAUAGAAGUGUUUGAGGAUACUUUUCAAAUCAGAUUGGUGAGCAAGGAUGGGAUGAGUGAAAGGAUUGCCUCUAUUGACUUCAAGUCACAGGCCGAUGCAGAGAGAGCCUUGGAAGAGAAGCAAGGAACAGAGAUUGGUGGGCUUGCUGUAGUUCUGAACCUUGUCGGAGCAAAAAUCCAAGGCCAAGAUGAGAGAGACAGAAAAAAGUGCAACUGGAGAACUCAGGAAGGAGUGGAUGGAAAUAACGACCCCCACGUAGGUGUAUUUAUUCGUGGUGGCAAUGAAACUUUUGAUGUGACCGAAGAUCUUCUGGACAUCGUCCCCAUAACAGGCACAACAUCAGGAAAUGAAUUAGUUUUACAUGUUGAGAAAAGUCUUAAAACAUUUAACGUGGACUGGUCAAAAUUGGUGAGUAUUAGCACAGAUGGUGACUCUGCGAUGGUUGGUGUUAAAGAACUAGUUGCAAAACUGAAAUCUAAAGUGUCAGGGCUGGGCUUCCCUGGUGGCGCAGUGGUUAAGAAUCUGCCUGCCAAUGCAGGGGACACGGGUUCGAGCCCUGGUCCAGGAAGAUCCCAUGUGCCGUGGAGCAGCUAAGCCCGUGCGCCACAACUACUGAGCCUGCGCUCUAGAGCCCACGUGCCACAACUACUGAAGCGCGCACGCUUAGAGCCCAUGCUUCACAACAAGAGAAGCCAGUGCAAUGAGAAGCCUGCACACCGCAAUGAAGAGUAGCCCCCGCUCACUGCAACUAGAGAAAGCCUGCGUGCAGCAACGAAGACCCAAUGCAGCCAAAAAUAAAUAAAAUAAAUAAAUUUAUUAAAAAAAUAAAAAAUAAAAAAAUAAAGUGUCAGAGCUUUGCCAAGACACAGGACUUAAGUCUGUGCACGGCCUCAUUCUCCAGGAAUCACUUUGUGCUAAAAGGUUAAAAAUGGUAGUUAAAAAACUACUGUGUCAUGGACAUAGUAGUUUAUACCAUAAUCUGGAUAUGCUCCCAUGGCUCGGACCGCAGAAAGUUCGGUGCUUUGUUUAAUGAGUUAGAUGCACCAUAUGGAAGCAUGUUCUGCUCCAUGGAACUUAAGUGGCUGAGUCGUGGUGUGGUCCUAAGGCAGUUUUUUGAACUGUUGGAGGAAAUUGACUUUUUUCUGUCUUCUAGAGGAAAAUUUGUGCCUCAGCUUACAAGCAAAGAUUAGGUCAGAGACUUAGCCUUUUUGGUUGACAUUAUGACAUAUCUAAACAUGUUGGAUAUUUCUCUGCAAAGGCGUUCUCAAGUGGUGACACAAACGUAUGAUUCAGUUGGCUCAUUCCUAGCGAAAUUGUGUCUUUGGGAGACUCAUUUGGCAAGGAACAAUCUCGCCCACUUUCCUACACUGAAAUUAGUUUCUGAAAAUGAAAAUGAU